CUUACAUAAUAGCUCGGUUCCUUCAGUACACAGGUUUAACUUUUGUGCUACAAAAUAGCUCUGUGUGAGAUUGGGAGCAACUGGGAAAUGUUUGAUAGAUUAUAUCAAUGUUUAGGUGGUCAUCAUCUUAAAGAUCUUGGAACAUAUAUAAAGAGCUUGACCUUUCCCUCUCUUCGUGCAACUUCAUUAGUCUUACAAGGCCAAACAAAUAACUACGUCAUGCGUCUUUUAACUUUUGUGUCCUGCGCAAUUUUAGUUUCUUCCGCCUUUACGAAAGAAACGAUGGUGAAAGUUGAAGGAAACCAAUUUGUGCUCGAUGGACAAACGUACUUGAUCAAGGGCGCCAACUACUGGCAAGGUAUGAAUCUGGGUGCUGUUGAAUCUGCUGGUGGUAACCGUACGCGUCUUAAUGAGGAGUUGGACCAAUUGAAGGCAAUGGGUAUCAACAACUUGCGUAUCAUGGCUUCCUCUGAAGGUCCUGAUGAUCAACCUUACCGCAUGCGACCUAGUUUACAACCUGCUCCUGGUAAAUAUAAUGAAGACAUCUUUGAGGGCUUGGACUACUUUAUGAAUGAAAUUGGCAAGCGAAACAUGACAGCUGUUUUAACUUUGAGUAACUUCUGGCAUUGGAGUGGAGGUUUCUCUCAAUAUAUCAACUGGAUUACGAAUGAAACCAUUCCUUAUCCUGUCACUGAUUGGGACACCUUCACCACAUGGACUCGUCGUUUCUACACGAACCCUGAUAUUCGUGAAAAGGCCAACAAGCUUUAUAAGGCUCAUAUCCGUAAGGUCCAAACUCGUCGUAACAAGUUUAAUGGCAAAUUGUAUACCGAAGACCCCACUGUAUUCAGUUGGCAAAUCGCCAAUGAACCUCAGUUGGGUCCCAAGGAUUGGUAUGAUGAAAUUGCUGCUUUUAUCAAGCAGGGUGCUCCUCAUCAAUUAGUGUCAUCUGGUUGCGAGAGUAAGGUUGACAAGGAAGACUUCUUGAACGCACACUCAUCCAAGCAUAUUGAUUACGCUACGUCCCACUGCUGGGUUGAAAAUUGGGGGUACUAUAAUGCCAGCGAUCCUAGCAAGAAGAGCUUGAAGAAGGCCAAGACAUAUGCCAAAGAUUUUAUCAGCACCCGUACUGAAUGGGCUAAUGAAAUCAACAAGCCUAUCGUUCUUGAAGAAUUUGGUAUGGCUCGUGACGCAUGGCGCAAACCCAAUGAUCCUGAAUACAAGUAUGAUCCUGCUACACCCACGAGCCACAAGGACGAUUAUUACAAGGGGAUCUUUAAGCAGAUUGAACACUUGGCUCAUCAAGGCCGUCAUUCCGGUGCCAACUUCUGGGCUUAUGGAGGCCUUGGUAGAUCAACUGACAAGCCUAAUCAAUACAACAUGACCUGGUUGGGAGAUCCACCUCACGAACCUAAGGGAUGGUACAGUGUCUAUAACGAUGAUACCACUGUACAGGUUAUCAAGGACUUCACAAAGAAGCUUCAGAAAUAAUUUAUAUAUGAUAAUGAAUAGUAAUAAAUGACAACAAUCUACAUAAAUGACUAAAGGGUUCACUUUUUUUUUGUAAGCCGACAAUGAGCCGUCUAUAAUUAAACUUGUUACUCA